AAACAUUGCCAUCUCUUCCACAGCACGAAGAAUGAAAGGACCUACAAGGAAAGAUGAUGCUUCGCCGAAAACGUGCAAGGCGAAAAGACUCGCCAACACCGUAAAAGCGCCGACAAUCCCCACCACGUUCGACGAAGCGAAGGCGGCCAUCAAAGCGAGAAAGCGAAAAGAAAGACAAGAGAGCAUCAGCUCGCUGUACCAGGAGCGGAAAGUGAUCAGGUCCAACUCGGAAGAGCGACCCACGCAGAAGAAACACGUCGAGAUAGUGGACAGCAUCAGGAGAGUGUCUAGCAGCGAGGACUUCCAGAGUCAGAGGUCGACGUCUUCGGAAAGGAAUGCGUCGCCGUACAGGGGCGGAACCAGCGACAAGAUUUUGUUGUACGAGGACUGCGAACAUGAGAAGAGAAGGUCCCACGAAAGAUUCGCUAGACCCUUAACCCUCAAGAGCCGAAAGCACCCGAACAAACGCUUAAAGGUCAAAUAUUUCCCGAGGACGAAAUACAAGCCCGAACCACCAAUCGAAAACAGAGAGCCUAAGAAAGCGACGCCGCCUGUGAUCUCCAAAACCACCGAUUACGAACCACCUUCGGAUUUCCUCCAGAUCCACGGCCACGACAGAGGCCGAUCGCCCAGCCCUACUGAAGAGCUCGUAUCUCCGGUGGUCGAUUGGUCCACCAUCCACGAACUGGUUGAUGGUUCGGAGCCUGUUCUGGCGCAAACUUCCAGGCAGAUCAGCGAAAAUACGGAAACCAUGCCCGGGUUAUCGGUGGCCUUGAACCGUCUUCUAUCAUCUCCUAGGAACUCGAUCAUAGCGACCCACAAAAUAUACCUCGACCCGGACGUUCCCAAAACGACCUCAGAUUUGGAUAAGAAGCCGCAAAACCCCGUGGAUGAAAGAUUGCACAAAACCGCGAAGAAGAUCAACAGCUUGAAGAAGAAGAUAAAGAAAUGUGAGGCGGACUUUGAAGUAAAGCACGGAUACUUACCCUCGCACACAGAUAAGAUGAACGAUAAGAAUUUGAAGAAGCUCUAUGCCGACAUCAACAAACUCAAGAAGGAGCAGAAGCACUUGGCGGAAAUUUCCUCCAGCUGUUCUUUGCUGAUGAACGCGGGAGAGAAGUCGGAACAGCUGAGCCUGGUUAGCCUGCAGAUCACCAUAAGCGAGAUAGAAAAGAAACUGACUGCAAAGAGGGAAGCAGCGAACAGGAGCUUCAACAUAGAGGAAAUGUCUGCAGAACAACUGAUGGAGGAGAAGAUAGCCGUACAGAAAGCAUUACUUUUCUUAGAGUCUAUCCACGGUAGACCAAACUCCAGGGAGGAUCGCGACAUUGUCAGACCUUUUUACGAUAGGUACAGGACAUUGAAACGAAAAAUAUCUGCGAAUAACCCCUCCGGGGCCGAGUUGGCCACCAUCCACGAGAACGAAACGAUGAACUUCGUAACACCAACUUCUUCGUCCCAAUCAAACGACACCGAAUCUGAGAAAACGACGGUACCGCCAUCUAUGAGCACCGACAGCAGCGACUCGGACAGUUCUGUGGGCGAAAACCUCCACUCGCUCUCCAAAUCCGAAAUGAUAGAACAGCUCAAACUAGCGAUGGAAGAGAAAAAGCGGUUGAAGCGAAAAAUAAAAGAAUUUGAAAUGAAUAUCCAGCUCAAAACGGGAAAGAUGAUUCAGAAGGAGGAAAGAGCUCCGAUGGAGAGUAUAUACGCGGCUUAUAAGAAUGCGAAAGCGAAAGCGAGACUGCUUGAAGCUUUGGUUGGAAAACAGGGUAGCGUCUAAAGCUAACUAUAAAUACAGGUGGUUAAACAUAAGAUUGAUUUUAGAAUUAUUUUUCAGACUGGGUAUAGUGUCACAAACUCACAACAAACUUGUAACAAGCGAAAGUUUAUUGAUGAAAUAAUUUUCAUGCCUCAGUUAUUCACAGCAAUCAUAACUGCCAAUAGACCUUUACAAUUCCCUAGAAAAAAUUUAUGAAGUUGAUGUUAUUCUUCAGUUCUGAAAGAAAAUUGUUCAUUCUUCAGGAGGCAACUCCAAAAUUUUCCAUUUCGGAGGAAAUUCGGAGUUUCAAGAAUGAAUGUGACGUCACUACUAUUGAGACUUGCCCCCUCUUUAAAAUUGCAUUCCAAAAUGAAUGAUUUUCGUAAAGGAGAAAAAAGUACAUGAAUGUACUACUCAAUCAAAUAUCUCUUGAACAAAAUUUUAAAUAUAAAGACUCCGUUUUGUGAUAUAAAACGCUUCUAAAUUUCGAAAAUGACCAUCAAAUCGACCUUAAUAACAAGUUGGCAACGUCGCACGCACAAGAAUACAGGAAGAAGAAAAUGUUAGUGACGUCGAUACCGUCAUUUUUACUCCCUAUUGAUAAAACUGGUGACAAAAAAUUGUAAACAGUAUGAAACGAGGCACUAUCAUGCAUAUAGUUUUCACCUAUGCAGUUAUCCCGGUUAGUGAAAAAGUGCAUUAGAAUUUGAAUAAUUCAAAUGAAUUUCAACCUCUGACAGAUUAGGAGGAUAUCUCAGUGUAUGUGGUCACAAAAAUUUUUCAAAUAGAAACUAAUAAUCUUUUGGAACUGAAUUACUAAUUUCAGCGCCUUUAUCGCACAACUACCGGACUAUUGAAAUAGCACGAUUUUUGCAAAGGAAUUCAAUAAGCUCCGUCACGCUGGAACCCGCUUUGAAAAAAAUCUGCCUUUUUUUAGUCUACUUCACCUGCAAACGAUAGGUACUGAUGAAUGUAAUAAUGUUCAUUUUUUUGUAGUCUAAUCGGUUACUGAGAAUGU